AUGUUCUCGAGACUUAUCCGGGCCCGUGGCGUCGCCCAAGUUGGCAGACAGCCCUCGACACAGCUGUUUCGCCGCUCUGUGACCACCGACGCUGCCUCCGCCCACGCGGAGGAUAUUCCAGUCGAAGAUGACAAGCCCUUCUCAGUCAAGCUCUCCGACGAGAGUUUCGAGACUUACGAGCUCGACCCUCCUCCAUACACCUUGAAGACAACCAAGAAGGAGCUCAAGCAGAUGUACUACGACAUGGUAUCGAUAAGACGUAUGGAGAUGGCCGCGGAUCGACUUUACAAGGAGAAGAAGAUCCGGGGAUUCUGCCACUUGUCAACUGGCCAGGAAGCCGUCGCUACUGGUAUUGAGCACGCCAUUACCCCAGAUGACAAGCUCAUUACUGCCUACCGAUGCCACGGAUUUGCCAUGAUGCGCGGUGGCACCGUGCGCUCGAUUAUCGGCGAGCUGCUUGGUCGCCGUGAGGGAAUUGCCUACGGAAAGGGAGGAUCUAUGCAUAUGUUUGCUAAGAACUUCUUUGGUGGUAACGGAAUCGUCGGUGCUCAGGUACCCGUUGGCGCUGGCCUUGCCUUUGCUCAGCAGUACAACGGCGAAGCAAAUACCACCAUCUGUCUGUACGGUGAUGGAGCAUCCAACCAGGGCCAAGUUUUCGAAGCUUUCAACAUGGCUAAGCUAUGGAACCUCCCCGUCAUAUUUGGCUGCGAGAGUACGUUUCAGAUUGUGUUUUAUCCUUUUCUUGACAACAAAUACGGAAUGGGAACCGCUGCCAACCGCUCUUCCGCUCUAACCGACUACUACAAGAGAGGACAGUAUAUUCCCGGUAUCAAGAUCAACGGAAUGGACGUUCUUGCCAUCAAGGCUGCCGUCCAGUAUGGCCGUGAGUACACCGUCAGCGGUCAGGGUCCUCUAGUCUUCGAAUACGUCACCUACAGAUACGGUGGUCACUCCAUGUCUGACCCCGGCACCACCUACCGUACUCGUGAAGAAAUCCAGCGCAUGCGCAGCACCAAUGACCCCAUUGCAGGACUCAAGCAGAAGCUGCUUGACUGGAACAUCACCUCCGAAGAGGAGCUCAAGGCCAUUGACAAGGACGCCAGAUCGAUGGUUGACGAAGAAGUUGCUAUUGCCGAGAAGAUGCCUGUUCCAGAUGCUACUUCGCGUAUCUUGUUCGAAGACAUCUACGUCCGUGGCAGUGAGCCCAAAUGGAUGCGUGGCCGCACCGCUGAUGAGACCUUCUACUACUAA